CAAGCAGCUACAACCUAAGUAAAUCGUUCGCUGACUAGCGACCUUUGGCGGUCGGUUGCUAGGGUAAACUUGGCCAGCGAACGUACUGAGAGACGUCUGCCAUGCUGAGAGACUCUCAUCCCGUGGGAACGACUUCGGAGCCCCUCAACCGUCGUACGUGGAUACAACCCUGUUGUGGCUUUCCAUGGGUAGGGCAAAGCAGAAGGCUGGUAGAAUGCGAAGAUCCGGCCUCUCCUAACGAGUAUAUUAGGUUGGUAUUCCUUCUCAGUCUCAUCUAUCGUGCCUCUCAAGCUUCAUCAAGUCUUCGAUCUUCAACACAGCAUCUCUUUCGUUACGGUUGCUCUGUUACUUUCGCUUCGCACCACACACCUAGUAAUACACUUUACUCUCUAAUAUAUCCGACACAUCUCGUCCUGAACAAGAUGAGAUACUGCUUAGCAACGAUGGCCCUUGUGGGUGCUGUCUACGCUGCCCCCUACGGUGGCGGCUACGGCGCCUCCAGUAGCGGCGGUUACGCUGUGCCUUCUUCCUCUGGCUACGCUCCAUCUCCCUCUGUGAGCAAGCCCUACGAGGCGUCUAGCACUCCCUGCGAGGAGAGCAGCAGCAUGCCUCCGGUUGUGAUCUCUUCGACAUACAUCCCGCCUGUCGUCAGCUCCAGCUACCCAGUCCAUGAGUCUUCAAGCGUUCCUCAUGUCAGCUCCGGCACGCCCUGCCCGGAGUCAAGCACCCCUGUUGUGCCGUCCUCCACCUACACUCCUCCCGUUAAGACAUCGACCUACACGCCGCCAGUCGUUACGUCCACCACCAUCUACGUGCCACCCAUGAGCUCCAGCUCUUCCUGCCCGGAGACUGAGACCAUCACCGUGCCGUACUCGAGCUCCAAGCCCUACGUACCAGACGUCUCUAGCACUACUGAGGUCACCAUCACCUCGACUGUUGUCAUUCCUCCCAGCUCCACUCCUUACGUACCUGAGGAUUCCUCCACCCCCCACGUACCCAAGCCUUCCACUUACCCUGUGGUCCCUCCCGUCGUCACCUCGUCUGUACCCGUCCCGGAGGUUUCCACCUAUCCAGUCGUUCCUCCCAUCAUCACUGAGUCGGUGCCCAUCCCAGCCGUUUCCACCUACCCUGUCGUCCCUCCUGUCGUCACCUCGUCUGUGCCUAUCCCUCCUGUUAUUACCGAAUCUUCCUCAAUCCCGGAGACUUCCACUCCCGUCGUCCCCGAGGCGUCUUCCUCUGGAUACGCCCCUCCCCCGCCUGUGGAGACUACUAGUGUCAUCGUCCCCCCAGCUUCAUCCUCCGAAUACGCCCCUCCUCCUCCUGCUGAGGAGACUUCCACUGUCGUUGUUCCCCCUGCUUCCUCCCACGCCUCCACACCCGUCGGUACCGCCUCAUCAUCCACCGGAUACGCCUCAUCCGCUACCUCCCCUGGUUACCCUGAGUACACUGGCGCUGCUAGCUCCACCAAGCCCCUCGCUGCCUUCAUGGCCGGUGCUGCCGCUCUCGCUUACUUCGUCUAAGCGGCCGACUUACACCACCACCCUUUGUACGACAUGUACAAGAGCACACUUUUCGCUUUUUCUUACUCUCCUUCAUCGCAAGACUUCACC